UUCUGAUUAGAGUUAGCGAACUUCACUAAAGUUCACAAACCUGAACCAGAUUCUAUUUCUAGACUAUCUAAUGUGUAAUGUUGUUAUUGUUUUGUCUUGUUUUUCUCUAACUGAAUGCGUAAAAUAGAACACAUAUCUUAUUGUUCUAAACUCUUUGAAUCCAAAGAUUAAACUAGAUCUAGAUCUCUAUAAUUAACUAAGUGUGAAAAAUGUCGAAUCGACCAGCUAGUGCACAGUCCCGCACUGCCUGGGACACUGGCUAUGGUGACUCUAUUCACAAUGAUACAGAUGAGGCCUACAUGGCACCAACUCGAAGUGCUAAAUCAUCUACAAGUCAGAUGGUCACAUCUGCUGCUGAUCUUAAAAAAUCAGGCGGUGCUGGAGCUUUUCAAUCAUUUCUUAAAGGCAUUCGCUCUUUAUGGGCUACACGUCAAACAGAGGAGACCAACACCAACAGGGAACUGUAUGUAAAGACAACUCUGAGGGAGCUUAUUGUCUACAUUGUGUUCUUGGUCAUCCUUUGUGUUAUCACUUUUGGUAUGACCUCAACCACAAUGUAUUACUUCACAAAUGUCAUGCAGGGCCUCUUUUUGGAAACACCUUGGAAUGAUUCAAAUCAAGAUGGAAACUUUCAGAACUUGGGCAGUGUGGAGGAUUUUUGGGAUUUUGCAAAGGGCCCUCUACUAGACAGCCUUUACAUGGAGACAAACUACAAUAACGAAUCAUUGCCAGAAGAUGAACUGGGAUAUAUAUACUAUGAAAAUAAACUACUAGGAGUUCCCAGAAUUCGGCAGCUCAGAGUUCACAAUAAUUCUUGCAAGGUUCAUGAGGAUUUUCAAAGUUUUAUAUCUGAGUGCUAUGAUUCCUAUGCUGAGAGUAUUGAAGAUAAAGAACCAUUUGGGGAAUACUUGAGUGAAAAGAAUUCAACUGCUUGGAGGUACUUCACUGAAGAUGAACUCCAUGGGUCCUCACACUGGGGAAUGUUGAAUACCUACAGUGGUGCUGGAUCUUAUGUUGAUCUAGGAACAAGAAAAGAUCCAUCAACUGAUAUAAUCACUCAUUUAUUUGACAAGUUAUGGAUCCGACGUGGCACCAGAGCAGUUUUUAUCGACUUCACAGUUUACAAUGCAAACAUUAACCUCUUCUGUGUUGUAAGGCUGCUGGCUGAGUUUCCUGCUACUGGUGGAGUUAUCCCAUCUUGGACAUUCCGCACAGUAAAGUUGAUUCGUUAUGUAUCAGUUGGAGAUUACUUCAUCCUGGCCUGUGAGGUCAUCUUUUGUUUGUUCAUACUCUACUACAUGGUGGAAGAAAUUCUAGAGAUCAAGAAACACAAACUGAGUUAUUUCAAGAGUUUUUGGAACAUCCUGGACAUUGUUGUGAUUAUAAUCUCCAUAGUGUGUAUUGGCUUCAACAUCUAUCGUACUUUAGAGGUGAAUGAUAAACUAACAGCCCUUUUAAAAAAUCCUGACGUCUAUUCUGACUUUGAAAGAUUGAGCUACUGGGAAACAAGAUUCAGUAAUGCCAUAGCUAUAGCUGUUUUCAUGGCUUGGAUCAAGAUCUUCAAGUAUAUAAGUUUUAACAAGACCAUGACCCAACUGUCUUCUACCUUGGGUCGCUGUGCUAAAGACUUGGCUGGAUUCUUUGUGAUGUUUAUCAUCAUUUUCUUGGCUUUCACCCAGUUGGGUUAUCUCCUUUUUGGUACUCAAGUGGAAGACUUCAGUAGCUUUGAGAACUCCUUCUUUUGUUUGUUCCGAAUCAUCUUGGGAGACUUUGACUUCCACCAGCUGGAACAAGCCAAUCGGAUCCUCGGUCCUAUCUUCUUCAUGCUGUUUGUGUUCUUCGUCUUCUUUGUUCUGAUCAACAUGUUCUUGGCCAUCAUCAAUGACACGUACUCGGAGGUCAAGUCAGACAUGGCCAACGCUAAGAAUGAAUUUGAAAUUGCUGACUACUUCAAAAAGGGGUAUGAGAAAAUGUUGGACAAAUUAAACUUUAAGAGAGACAAGAUUGUAGACAUCCAGAAGGCCCUGCGUACAGCAGACAUCAACCAGGACAAACAGCUGGACUUUGAUGAGUGGAGACAAGAUCUCAAGUCACGAGGCUAUGCUGAUGGUGAAAUUGAGGCUAUGUUUUCCAAAUAUGAUUGUGAUGGCGAUCGUGUUCUAGAUGAAGAGGAGCAGAAAAGAAUGCAAGCAGACUUGGCAGAUCAGAAAGCUGCUCUCAAUAAAGAAUAUGAAGACCUCAAUGGUAAAGGUGAUAGGCCAGGCACAGGUCGUCGCUCCAGCAGUCGGGCCAGUUUUAAUGAAGGGGACAGUGGAGACGACAGCGAUGACGAAGACAGUGGGACCAAGUCCUCUCGGACUGGGCGCACUUCCAAUGGUGUUUCAUAUGAAGAGUUUACUGUCUUAUCAAGGCGUGUGGACCGAAUGGAGCAUUCCAUUGGAAGUAUAGUUUCUAAAAUUGAUGCUGUAUUAGUCAAGUUAGAAGCUAUGGAGAAAGCCAAAUUGAAACGCAGAGAAACAAUGGGGAAGAUUUUAGACAGCAUAACAGAAUCUGAUGGUACAAGUGAUGAAGUGAAGCGGGAACAGAUGGAGAAGUUGGUCAGAGAGGAAUUGGAAAGGUGGGAUUCUGAAACCUCUGUCGGUGUGCAUAGUGCCAGGGGAGCAUCACCAGGGGGUGGAAGUGGGCAGAGUGGACUGAGACCACGUUCCAGAGCUGAAUCAGGGGAUCCCAAAGACAAUCACAUGACCUCAAGUUUAUAGCCAAUGAGCUUGCAGGUCAAUUGGUUUGAAAAGACUUAAGACCUGUUUACUGAAUCAAUGACUUGGUUAAUUUGUAUUUAAUUGUUGUUCAAUUAGCUUGUGAACCAGCACUUUGAUAGAACAGUGACUUUGUGAGAAGACAUUUUAUGUUGAUAGUUUUUGUAAGGUAUUCAAACAUUUUUUGUGUAACUUUAUCUAUUAACAUUAUAUUCAAGCUGUCACAGACUAGUCAAAUUUUUGUACAUCUCAAUAUGAAAUAUAAACUUUAUUGUAACUUUUUUGUUCACUCUGUUAUUGACACAUUGUAAAAUUUGUUAUGGAAAAAUUUAUGAAUCUCUAUGAAUUCAUCAAGAAACUGUUGUCUGAAAAAUCUGUGAUAUUUUUUCCCCCCCGUUCACACUCAGAAGUUUAGAUGUAGAUCGUGCUUAUGCUUCUUGUGAAAACUUGUGAAAAACAUUAUCCCAAUUGAAUUAAUUAUGGCAAACCUUGCAAAGCACUAUACAUUUUUAUGUAGAAACAAUUCAUUAAACAACCUGCUUGUCAGCACCAAUUAAGAGAAACUACUCCUAAGUCUUAUAACUAGUAUUCAUUAAACUGUUAAAGCUAUAUAAAAAAAAAUAUAAAAAAAAAAAUAGCUAGCCACUAUCUGCACAUUAAGGAAAAUAUAAAAAAUGGUUAGUGUGACGCCUUGACUGUCUGAGAAUGUUACUUGGUGUCCAGUUGGCAAGAUAAGUUUUUUGUUUAAAAAAAAAAAAAAAAAAAAAGUAUCAUCUUGCAAAAAUCUUUAAUAGCUCUGGCCAUCUUUACCCUUCCUUUUCUGUUUAAAAAACAAGUUUUAAUGAAAUAUGACUGCAUUGUUCUAAUUUAUGAAACUCUAAUGUUUACUAUAUGUCAAUUAAUAUUCAUAGUAGACAAGAUAGCCAAUGGAUCUAAUUAAAAUCCUGAUAAUAACUUUAACUUUUUUUCUACAAAUAAUCGUUUUGCAGUCACCAUACUCAAUCUAGAACUUUGUUAGUAUAAAGAUAUAAACUUAGUAUUUAACUGGUGAACCUUUUAUUCAUUCUUGUUUUUCCCUACAAGAUGUUAUUAUAUGCAGAUUUUGAAACCAAAUGUAUGUAAACACUUGAAUAAUCUUUUGUUUGUCUAAUACAAGUGAACUAACAAACCUCUCCCAUUGGUCAGGUGCCCAGAUUACGUUAUUGUGUUGUUCUUUUUGUUUAAUCAAAUCAACUGCUGAUUAUUGAUAGAAAGUAUUAUUAUUUUUUAUAUUAUUAUUUAGCAUAUAUUGCAGUUUAACUUCGUAUUAUUGAUGAAAUCAUGUGACUUACAAACAUUGAUUCCCUCCCCUUUCAAGUCCGUCCAUGGCUAUACUCCAACAUUGUGCUUCUAUUUUGUAUCCAAAAGUUGUGUUUAUUUUUUAUUUUGGAUUUCAUGUCACAUUUGUUGAUUGUAAACUAUUAGUAAAAUCUGGGUCUCUGUCUCUUUUUGAAACUGUACUCUAAUCAUAAAUUCAGAAAGUACAAAUCCAUUUUUUAUUUUAUACAUAUAAAGAAUUUACCAUUUUUUGCAAUACUUUUUUUUUUAUUUUGUUAAAAUUUGUUACUGUUUUUUUUUUGUGUUCUAUUAAUGGCACACUUUUUUCUUUAUGUUUUUUCUUUUGUAAUUAUUUUUCUAUAAUUGGUGUCCUGAAGUAGAAGUAAAGAAAUAGAUGAAACAU